AUGUCUCUCUCGAGGCUACUUGCUAAUCCUGUAUCGUGUCCGGAGAUUGGAGAGAUACCACACCAACCGACAGACAUCACGUUUCCUAAAAAGUGGAAGUGGCUACACUGGGAUCAACAGACAAGUCGUGUUUUCUGCCAUCUGUGCAUCAUAGCUGUCAAACAGAAGAUGAAAGGCUCGUAUUGCGCAGAUAGCGCUUUCGUGAGCAGGGGCUACCAGAACUGGAAGAAAGCAACUUCUGCAUUUAGAAAUCACGGGAGUUCAUCGUGUCGCAAAGAGUCCCUCGAAAACGUCAUUAUUCUUCCUGCAAGGACACAGGAUGCGGCGGAAAUUCUAAGUUCAAGGACGAGCGAAGAGAAGGAGAAGAGUCGCAAGUGCCUUAAGAAAAUAUUUAGUGCUGUUCAGUUUCUAGCAAGACAAGGAUUGCCACUAUGUGGUGAUGGUUGGUAUGAACUGAACGGUAAUCUUAACCAACUCAUCAACCUUCUCAGCAAAGAAGAUGCAAAUCUGGCAACUUGGACAAAGAAGAAGACAGAUAAGUACACUUCCAAAGAUGUGCAAAAUGAGGUGUUAAGAGUCGUGGGUCAACGUGUCCUGAGAGACAUUGUAUCUGACAUUAGAUCAUCAGUGUUUACCAUUUUGGUGGCUGAACCUACAGAUAUCAGCACCACAGAACAGGUUGUUUUCGUUCUCCGCUUGGUUGAUGAUAGACUUGAUGUCCAUAAAGAUAUCGUUGGUCUUUACAGCACAGCAAGCCUGACUGCAGACUCACUGGUUGCAAUCAUUCAGGAUGUCCUGUUACGGCUGAAUCUUUCAAUAGAGCGUUGUCGGGACACUGCUAUGAUUGAGCAGCUGUCAUGA